AUGGUUCACUGUCUUCCUUUCUUCAUAUCCCUGGCGGCUGCCACGAACCUCUAUGCCACCCACUAUAAUGGAUACGUCUACUCGCUCUCUCUUGAUGGCGAAAACUCGCUUUCUGUCACUUCAUCCUCAAAAACAUGUGGCGAUGCCCCUAGUUGGCUUACAUUUGACUCGUCAACGCGUACAAUUUAUUGUUCCGACCACGCGGGCAAUGCGAGUAUGAAUGGCUUGUUGAGCUCAUACUCCGUGAAUCAGGAUGGGGGACUGACGGAGCUCGCGAGCACCGUGGAUGUGGGCGCCGCGGUCCACAGUAUUAUUUAUGGCGGCAAGCACGGACGCGAAAAGUAUUUGGCCAUUGCCCACUACGGCGGUUCCGCCCUUUCGACCUUUUCCUUACCCCUUAAGUCCGAUAAGAAGCCCUUGGAGGUAUUCCACUACAAAAUGUCCCAGCCCGGCAUCAAACCUCAGCAGGAUUCGCCGCACCCGCAUCAGGUGAUCCUCGAUCCAACCGGUGAUUUUAUCCUUGUCCCCGAUCUAGGCGCCGACCAGGUCCGCGUGUACGCCAUCAACCAGAACUCGGGACACCUAAAUGUGUGCCCUAGUCUUAAUUACACCGCUGGCAGUGGACCGCGACACGGGCUGUUCUGGAAAUCCGACCCCUUGCACUCAGACCACGCUCCGGUGACUAUGCUAUACACUGUCAGUGAACUGGGCGGCCACUUCAAUGCAUUCGCUGUCUCUUACUUGUCCUCCGGUUGUCUCGGGUUCAAGGAGACUCAAUCCUUUGUGCCAUACCCAGGCGGACAGUUACCAGCUGCGGGUACGCCAGCAGAGCUCCGUAUGAGUGGGAAUUAUCUUUAUGCUUCGAUUCGCUUUGAUCAAGGUUUCGCCCCAAAUGAUUCCAUGUCCACCAUGGUUCGUUCUCCCAAUGGCACGGUGUCUUUCAGCCAGAUCACGUCUGCCUAUGGCACAGUUCCCCGUACUUUUGCCAUCAACAAGAAGGGUACUCUGGUGGCUAUUGGGGACCAAGUUUCAUCUAAUGUUGCCAUCGUCGAAAGAAAUCCGCGGAGUGGAGCUCUCGGAAACCUAAUCGCCAACUUGGAGGUUACACAGCCUGGUCAGGCUAGUAUAUCAUCGUCGGGCUUGAGCAGCAUCAUUUGGGAAGAGUAA